UCUUUGCAGCGAUGCUUGGUUCCUGUUGUGGUCGGACUCAGAAUGGAUGGUACACAUGACAUGUGCCUCUGAUUCAGAUGAUUUACCUCUGAUGUGCUCACUGUUUUUUUGAAUACAUUUUAAAGGUUGUGUAUUUGCGGAAAGAUGGUGUUUUACUUUAAAAGCGAGGUCGUCUCACCGCCCUAUACCAUCUACAUGGGCAAAGAUAAAUAUGAAAAUGAAGAUCUGAUAAAGUAUGGAUGGCCUGAAGAUAUUUGGUUCCAUGUGGACAAGCUUUCGUCUGCUCAUGUAUAUCUAAGGAUGCCAAAGGGUGUAGCGAUAGAAGACUUACCAAAAGAAGUCCUGAUUGACUGUGCCCAGCUGGUCAAAAACAACAGUAUUCAAGGAUGCAAAAUGAACAAUAUUAAUGUUGUCUACACACCAUGGGGGAAUCUGAAAAAAACAGCAGACAUGGAUGUCGGUCAGAUAGGCUUCCUUCGGCAGAAGGAGGUGAAAAUUGUGACGGUAGAAAAGAAAAUCAACGAAAUUGUCAACAGACUAGAGAAAACGAAAGAGGAGCGCUAUCCUGAUCUGGCCGCUGAGAAGGAGUCUCGGGACAGAGAGGAAAGAAAUGAGAAGAAGGCUCAAAUACAAGAUCAGAAGAGGAAAGAGAAGGAGGAAAUAAGAAAUAAAAAAGAGAUGGAAGAAUUAAGGAAUUAUUCAGCGCUCAUGAAGAGUGACAACAUGACCACAAAUGAGGAUGGCAAUGAUUCAGAUGACUUCAUGUAAAAUAAAUAAAUGGAUCUGUGAUAAAGAAGAACCACCAUCUUCCCCCCCACAGUAUCUUCAAGUUUGUGAAAGGACGUCAUAGCGGGCUUCAGAAAUAAGCAAUCGAAAGGAAUCAGCACAAUUCCAAGAGCGCUCUAGAUCAUCUUGCUUUGUCAUUCCUUUGAAAAUGAAAUGCAAUCUGAAAUGAUAAGAGUAGAUUUUCAUUCAGCUCAUUUAACCAAAAGGAAUUUGAGAAUCUCUGCUGAUUCUGUACUUCAGUUUUUUUGUUGAUGUUUUUGAACGUAUUAAAAGAUAAUCACAGU